CACGGCUCGAAUAUACUAGUCCAUCAGUCGUAUCACCUUUUGCCCUUCUUUACUGUACUAUUCUCACCCUAUUCGUCCUACCACCAUCCCAGCCCCCUUCUUACGAUAUAGCUUUGUUGCCAUCUUUUCCCAUCUGACACCUGCGCAGAUCGCAAGGAGAUAUCUGCAACGUUCUUUUGUUCUUCCCAAACCUGCAGGUUCCUUGUCGAGUACAGGACAGACAGAUAGCGUUUCGUUUCCAUCGCUUCGCCCAUUCUUUCACUUUCUGGCCUGGUAUAUCGAAGGCCGGCCAUGUGCCAUCUUUCCUCCGCUCUUGAUUGUCACCCUCUUUAACAACAAAGAGAAACGAACUCAACAAUGUCUACGGAAGAGAAGCAGCCCCAGGAGUUAGUGAGCUCGGCCUCGUCCGAAUUGAACGCGUCUUCAGGCAAUGUUGACGCCGCGUGGAAAUAUCUCAACGACCACCGCGAUGCCGGGAACGACACGACCUCCGUCGACAUCAAUGCGCUCAGGCGCAAGAUCGACUGGCGUAUCGUGCCGCUGAUGUUCCUGUGUUACACCAUGCAGUUCUUGGACAAGGUCAUCCUCAACUACGCUGCUGUGAUGGGAUUGCCCAAAGACUUGAAGCUGGUCGGCAAUGAGUUGUCCAACAUCGCCACCUUCCUCUUCGUCGGUCUCCUUUGCUUCGAGAUCCCCAACAUCUACUUUCUCCAGAUGGUCCCGGCGGCCAAGUGGCUAGGCUUGAACGUCAUCCUUUGGGGUACCGCCACUGCCUGUGGUGCCGCCGCGCACAACUACCAGACCCUCCUCGUCUCGCGCGUCUUCUUGGGUAUCUUCGAGGCCACCAUCGGCCCGUCGUUGAUGCUCAUCAGCUCCCAGUGGUACACCAAGUCUGAGCAGGCCCCGCGCUUCUCCUUCUGGUACCUUGGUCUCGGCCUGGGUCAGAUUAUUGGCGGCUCCAUCUCUUAUGCCUUCCAACACGUUUCUCCCAACACCGCCCUCGCUGGAUGGCGCAUCAUGUUCAUUGUGCUGGGCUGCCUCACCGUGACAAUCGGCAUCUGCACCAUCCUCUUUGUACCAGACACCCCCAUGAAGGCGACUUGGCUGUCCGACACGGAGAAGGUCGCUCUGUUGAAGCACGUCAGUGUUAACCAGACUGGUAUUGAAAGCCGCAAAUUCCGCCCCGGACAAAUACUUGAGGCUUUGAUGGACCCUCAGAUGUACAUGUUGACUCUUGCAGUUGUUCUCCUUUCCGUAUCAAGCGGUGUUAUCACCACGUACUCGGCCACUCUGAUUCGCAAUAUCGGCUACGACCCGAAGCAUGCAGCUUUGAUGAACAUGCCCUCUGGUGUGGUCAGCAUCUUCUUUACUCUUCUCGUGGGCUAUGGUAUCCGUCACACGUCCAACCGGUGGGCAUGGAUCGUGGUUUGCAUCAUCCCAGCCAUCAUUGGCGGUGCCUUGAUGUCUUUCCUUCCUGUCAGCAACCGCUCGGGCUGCUUGGCAGGCAUCUACCUCGUCAACGCAGUUGUCGCACCUCUGACUGUUUUUUACGCCUGGACCGCUGCCAACUUUGGUGGCGCUACAAAGCGCGCUUUUGCCGCUGCCAUCAUCUCGGGCUCCUUCUCUUUGGGCAACAUCAUCGGUCCCCAAACCUUCCAGGCCAAGGACGCGCCCUUGUAUCGUCCAGCCAAGAUCGCCGUGAUGGGCACUCAGGCCGGUUGCGCCAUCGUCACUCUCGCCCUGUACGCCUACUACCGCUUCGAGAACAAGAAACGAGGGGCCACCAAGCAGUCUGAGGACGCUUACAUGGCGCCGGAGGUUUGGCAGUCAAUGACAGACAGGGAAAACAAGUCGUUCCGCUACACCUACUGAAGACGAAGGUUUGGGCUUAGGCAAAGAUAUUCAGACGAAGGAGAACACUUGUACCCAUCGAUGUAUAAUUCAACGAGCGGGAAAAUCCUUGUUGUACAUUAGUGAACCUACAUAGUAUAUAUUAGUGGUCAAUUCGAUCGGGGGUAUACCGGCCAUAUCGUUGAC